AUGGCCCUUCAGGGCGGGGUUGAAAUGAGGUUUUUGAGUGAAAGAAGUGAGAAAACUUGGAGAGAAUUUAACAAGAAAGAGGUCAUACAUACAAAAACCUCACAAAGAUAUAAUAAUAAGUUUUGUUCACUCUCCAUGAAUGGUUGCCAAGGAGAUCCAAGAGCUCCAAUAGAAACUAUAGAAACCCAAACAUUUUUGGUCGUCUCGAUCCCGACAUUGGCCAUGGACAACCUUAAUUCCACAAUUCUCGAUAUGAAAUCCAAUCCUCCGCCAUUCGAUUUUGGAAUAAUUCAUCUCGAGAUAAAAAUUUGGUCGGUUGACUAUAAUUUGAAUCAAAAUCUCCAUGGAUUUGGGAAGGUACCAAUCCAGCAGAGGAUUGAAGCCCUGGAUUGGAUUAGUGCCCAGAGCCAGCAAUUCCUCCCUCGAUGCUUCUUCUCCGGUCGGAAUCCAGGCAAUGUCUCCUGGAUUGAAAAUGGCGGAGCUUCUUCAGUUGAGCAUCAGCACAAGCUUGUCAGUGUUGUCGGGAUAGGCUCUGCAGUCUUCUUUCGCCGCCUCCAUCCAUUCUCAUUGGACGAUUGGCGUGCCAUAAAAAGGUUCUUAUCCAAGAAGUGUCCACUGAUUCGUGCUUAUGGGGCUAUACGCUCUGAUGCGAGGACUAAUAUAGCUUCUGAAUGGGAAGCUUUCGGUUCAUUUUAUUUCAUGGGCCUCAGGUAAUAAGUUUUUUCUUUCUGGGAAAGUACUGCUAUUAUUCUGUAGUAUAUGAAGGCGUGACUUUCAUUUGUAUAUAAGCAACCUGUUGCUAGAUACUAAAUUCAGGUUGAAUUUGAUGAGUUUGAAGGAAGCUCAAUGAUUGCUGUAACGGUUGCAUGGGACAGUGCCCAGGGGCGGACCCACAUGGGGUCAUGUGGGGUCAAAUGACCCCACAGUUUUCUG